CGGACCCGGACCCGGACCCAGCUGUGUGUCCUUGAAGAGCGACGACUCAAUGGACUUUUAUAUGAACUUCAAAGGAGAGCAACAUUCUGCUGUAAAUAGGGUCCAUCAGAAAAGACACUCACUGGAACAUGAACCCAGCUGUUUGUCCUUGAAGAGCGACCGGUCAAAGGGCUGGUUAAUUACCUUUAAAGGAGACCAACAGUCUUCUUCAGAGAGAGUGGACCAGCAGAUCUCAGAGUCCCCCAGCGGUCCGUCUGUCCAGCAGCAUCAGACACAGCUGGACUCCGUCUUUCAGCUGCUGGAGGACAACAUUGUCAUGUUUGUGAAGAACGAGCUGAAGAAGAUCCAGAAGGGUCUGAGUCCAGAUUACCCAGAAUCCCUAGAGCAUCUGUUGCAGGGUGGGGAUGAAGAGCAGAGGAGGAGCAGAGAUGCGUUUGUGAAGAUCACAGUGAACUUCCUGAGGAGAAUGAAGCAGGAGGAGCUGGCUGAGCGUCUGCAGAGCAGUUCUUUUGCUGCAGUUUGUAAAAAGCGGCUGAAGUCUAAGCUGAAGAAGAAGUCCCAGUGUGUGUUUGAGAGGCUUGGUAAAGCAGGAAACCCAACCCUUCUGGAGCAGAUCUACACAGAGCUCUACAUCACAGAGGGAGGGACUGGAGAGGUCAACCAUGAACAUGAAGUCAGACAGAUUGAAGCAGCUUCCAGGAAACCAGACGGAGCAGAAACAACCAUUAGACAGGAAUACAUCUUUAAACUCCCACCUGGAAGAGAUGGACCAAUCAGAACGGUGAUGACGAAGGGAGUGGCCGGCAUCGGAAAAACAGUCCUAACACAGAAGUUCACUCUGGACUGGUCUGAAGGCAGAACCAACCAGGACAUCCAGUUCCUGCUUCCAUUUACCUUCAGAGAGCUGAAUGUGCUGAAAGAGAGAAAGUUCAGCUUGGUGGAACUUGUUAAUCACUUCUUCACUGAAACCAGAGAAAUGUGCAGCUUUGAAGAGUUCCAGGUCGUGUUCAUCUUUGACGGUCUGGAUGAGAGUCGACUUCCUCUGGACUUCCACAAUAAUGAGGACCUGACUGAUGUUACAGAGUCCACCUCAGUGGAUGUGCUGCUGACAAACCUCAUCAGGGGGAACCUGCUUCCUUCUGCUCGUCUCUGGAUCACCACACGACCCGCAGCAGCCAAUCAGAUCCCUCCUGAGUGUGUUGACAUGGUGACUGAAGUCAGAGGGUUCACUGACCCACGGAAGGAGGAAUACUUCAGGAAGAGGUUCAGAGAAGAGGAGCAGACCAGAAGGAUCAUCUCCCACAUCAAGACAUCACGGAGCCUCGACAUCAUGUGCCACAUUCCAGUCUUCUGCUGGAUCACUGCUACGGUCCUGGAGAACGUCCUGGAAACCAGAGAGGGAGGGGAGCUGCCCAAGACCCUGACUGAGAUGUACAUCCACUUCCUGGUGGUCCAAGCCAAACUGAAGAAGGUCAAGUAUGACGGAGGAGCUGAGACAGAUCCACACUGGAGUCGAGAGAGCAGGAAGAUGGUGGAGUCUCUGGGAAAACUGGCUUUUGAGCAGCUGCAGAAAGGAAACCUGAUCUUCUAUGAACCAGACCUGAGAGAGUGUGACAUCGAUAUCAGAAAGGCUUCAGUGUACUCAGGAGUGUUCACCCAGAUCUUUAGAGAGGAGAGCGGCCUGUACCAGGACCAGGUCUUUUGCUUCAUCCAUCUGAGUGUUCAGGAGUUUCUGGCUGCUCUUUAUGUGCAUCAGACCUUCAUCAAGUCUGGAAUCAACCUGCUGGAAGAACAAAGAAACACCUCCUGGUGGUUUAAAACCAGAGCAGAGACUGACCUCUAUCAGACAGCUGUGGACAAGGCCUUACAGAGUCCUAACGGACAUCUGGAUUUGUUCCUGCGCUUCCUCCUGGGUCUUUCACUGGAGACCAAUCAGACUCUCCUACGUGGUCUGUUGGAACCAAAACAAAGAAGUUCACAGAACAAUCAGGAAACAGUUAAAUAUAUCAAGAAGAAGAUCAGUGAGGAUCUGUCUGCAGAGAGAAGCAUCAACCUGUUCCAUUGUCUGAAUGAACUGAACGCUGGUUCUCUGGUGGAGGAGGUCCAACGGUCCCUGAAGUCAGGACGUCUCUCCACAGAUAAACUGUCUCCUGCUCAGUGGUCGGCUCUGGUCUUCAUCUUACUGUCAUCAGGAGAUCUGGAGGUGUUUGACAUGAAGAAGUUCUCAGCUUCAGAGGAGGUUCUACUGAGGCUGCUGCCGGUGGUCAAAGCCUCCAAGAAAGUUGUGUUGAGUAACUGUAACCUCUCAGAGAACAUCUGUCCACUUCUGUCCUCAGUUCUCAGCUCUCAGUCCUCCAGUCUGACAGAACUGGACCUGAGCAACAACGACCUGCAGGAUUCAGGAGCAGCUGCUUGUUUGUUCUCUCCAUCAGAUUCCUGUCAACUCACCAUCGACACAAACACAGUCAACAACGACAUCAAACUGUCUGACAACAACAGGAAGAUGAUGUUGGUGAAGGAGGAUCAGUCAUAUCCUGAUCAUCCAGACAGGUUUGAUUACUAUCAGCAGCUGCUGUGUAGAGAAGUUCUGACGGGUCGCUGUUACUGGGAGGUCCAGUGGAGCGGAGGUGUUUCUGCAUCAGUGAGUUACAGAAGAAUCAGCAGGAGAGGAAACUCUGCUGACUGUAUGUUCGGAGGAAACAAUCAUUCCUGGAGUCUCGACUGUUAUCAAGAUGGUCGGUACCGUGUCCGUCACAAUAACAGGGAAACAUCCAUCACCUCCUCACAUCCACCUCCAUUCUCUGGCAGACUAGCAGUGUACGUGGACGUUCCUGCUGGAACUCUGUCCUUCUAUGAAGUCGUCUCUGACAGACUGAUCCACCUCCACACCUUCAACACCACCUUCACUGAACCUCUCUGUGCUGGAUUUGGAUUCUGGUACCGGUUUGGGUUUGGUUCCUCAGUGUCUCUGGGUCCAGUUUAG